AUGACUUUUUUUUAUGUAAGAAUAUUAAAUGUUGCAAUAGAUAAUGCUACUCAAUGGAAGAAAGAAAAAAAAUGUUGUAAAAAUAAUUUAAACUUUUUAUCAUUUAAGAGAUGCUUAUUACAACAUGUAGUUGAAGAGAAUAUUGAAAGGAAAGGCACAUCUCGUGUUUUAUUAAAAGAGAAAAAAAAUGAACAGGGAAAAAGAAAAAAAAUAAAAAAGACCAAGAGUAUUAAACCAAAAAAUGAAAAAAAAAAUAAUAAAAAUAAUAUUGUGUUAAAAAAUUUAAGUGAUAAAAAAGAUGACAAUAUUUCAAAUAAUAAACAGAUGGAAGAAAAUAAUAUAAUAUGUAAAGAUAUAAAUUCAAACGAAAUAAAUGACAAUCAAAAGGUUCAAGAAAUAAAAGAAAAAUUAGUAAAGGGUUUAUUGGAAAAUAAAAACAAAGAAAUAAUUAAACAAAUAGAAAUAAUUAAUUCAGAUGGUACUAUGACAAAAAUUAAAAAUUCACUAUAUAGUUUAAUAUUUAAAGGGGCUAAUUUUUGGAAGGGUCUAUCAAUAUAUUUAGGUACAUUAUCAGGUGCUGCAAUAGGUCAAAUGAUUUUAAUAUUAAUUUUUAAACUUUCUACAAUUCCUGUAUGGAGUGCUUUGAUACCAUAUUCUUUUGUUCCUUCCUUGAUUGCAUUUAGUAGUUUUAUAGGUUUAAUAAUAUUAACCAUUAUAGGUGUUCUUUUUCUUCUCAUGUGGUUGUGGCCAUCAAGAGGGAAAUUAAUGGGUCAUAAUAAUAGAGAAAAUAAAAGUGAUACAUAA